GAUGACAGUACCCAUGAGGAUCAAUGCUCUGAUGGACAAUAUCAAGCACAAAUGAGACAUAAAAUCCCAUGCAAGGUGCUUACCAUUCUAAAACUAUACAAAACAAUAAAAUAGAACACAAUACAAAACAGUACACUUAAACAUCAAACACAAUUAUUUACUAAGUUCUAUGACAUGACCAGUCACGCAGUAAUGACCGUGUACAUGGCAUUUCUAUGUCGAACAUUGUACCCUUGUGUUUAUAUGUGCUUCUAAUGUUUCUUUUAAACUAGGAGAGGGCAGUGAGGGUGGUAGGAGGUAGAACUUCACAGGUAUAGUUCCAUAUUUUAACUAGUCUGUUGAAAUAGGACACUUUGAAUGUGUUGGAUUUACAGAAGGGGACUUUAAGAGUGAGGGAGGGAUUUAGAUUUUAUUUUAUUUUAUGAACAGGUCCAGCAAGGGUGCAAUGUCAUUUAUAGAAAUAUUUAUAUACCGGUAACGCAUGAAGCAUGACGGUUGACUGUGAUUCUUUAAAUAUGACCAUUUUGAAGAUGUUUUUAUCUCAUUAUAUUACGCUGUUAAAACCACCCUGAAAACACAUAGACUGCAUGAAGGAAACCAAGUUAUAAUUUACAAGUAAAUUUUUAAUGGAAGAUAAUAAAAUAGAUAUACUAGACUACCCUGUGAUAAAGCGCCAAUCAGUGUUCAGCAUAAUAAAAAUCCGGAGUAAAUGCAGCAGCCAGCGCCAAUUCGGUGGACAGAAUUGAUAUUAAGAUAUCACCGACUUUUAUGUCCUGUAUUUUGAGAAAGAAAUUUGUCGCCUUUUGAUAGAUAUACAUUAAUGCCAGAAUUUUUUCUGUUCUCUUUUGGUUUACGUCAAUUACGUGGUCUCUAUGUAAAGAUUUACUUGAUUUCCAAACAUGUUAAGAUUUAGAUUUCUGAAUAGUAAAAUGAACACAAACGUCAGUUACGACUGCUCACACUCAUAUGCAUGUCACUGUUAUAUUAGUUUAAAUAUUUCGUACUUUAUCUUUUCUUACAAUGCUAAUAUGUUUAUUUUGAUCUUUUCUAUUAUCUUUGCUUUGUAAAUGCAAUGUGUUUUUUCUGUAUAGGAUGGUGAUGAUGCCACUCCAUCGCGACAAGGACGAAGAGCGAAAGAGAAGAAAAACGUGGAGUCCAAGGAAGAGAAAGUGAGUUAACUUACAUCAAUUAAUGCACCUGUCAACGCCCUGCUCUAGGGUACACCCCCAGGGAACAUUAUGACAUUUUUGCCACAAAUUUUGCUCUCAGGGUCACGGGGAAUUUCAGAACUUCGCAAUUUUGAUUAUGGCUGUUAUUUUGACUUCAAAAAUUUACCUGGAAUUUGUUUUUGGAAUGCCCAAUUUGCAGUAUGUUCAAAUAUUAAUAAUGUAUGAGUCAAAUGGACGUGUCGAUAUGUCCUUGUGGGGAUGAACUCAAAAGGUUUGCGGAAAAUGUUGGCGGGGGAGAUAGGUAUAUAUUUCCCUGAAAAUAUAAGGUCAAAAAAAUUGUUUUUCCAAACCUGUUUGGGAUAAAGGGAGGUAAAAUACGUUAUUCAGAAUUUUUCGACCUCAACAGAGUUAGAAUACAAAGCUCACAGGUUUUAGGUCGCAUGGUGGCCCCUAGACUCUCAUGCCUACCUCCAUUCAAAUGUUGGCUACCUCCACAAAAAUAAAAUAUACAGACAUUGGCCACACAUGCUUACGAAUAAUAGACUUGCAUAAAUAUAUUCACGUUGUCUAUUUUAUUUAAACAUAGGAUGACAGUACCCAUGAGGAUCAAUGCUCUAAAGAAGAGGGCAAAAACCGGAGCGUGAAGUCCUUCCGCUCUGUAAUCCCGGGUGAUCUAAAUCGUAGUUUUUCAAACGAGGUAAAUGGAUCAAUGGUGGAUUCAUCUGCAGUACCAACAGCGAUUCUACCUGCGUUAACGGAAGUCGAGAAAUCUGUUGCACUUCUUCGCUGUGGAAAUGUGACUGGAACUGGCUUCCUGUUAACCAAAGAUAAGCUUAUAACAUGCCACCAUGUACAUAAUCAAAUCGUCGCCCAAAGACACCCGGAUGCCAAAAUACUUGUCCAUUUCGGAGAUCCACAACAGCGUCAAAUUUUACAAGCAGAAGUUGAUGAGGAAAAACGACCUAUUUAUGGUAUAAAUUUGGACUAUAUUAUCUACUGGAUAAAGUAUACUCCUGCUCAUCUCAAACCUCUGGGCCAUUUGGUAAGGUCAUCCCUUCCUUCUAGUGGUCGCCCUGUUAUUUUGAUCGGCCAUCCGGAAAGCAAGAGUAAAGUAUUCGAAAUUUGUCCUAUCAAAGAACGUUGGGUUGAGACUCUUGUUGAGCGGACAAAGGAUGCACAUGAAUAUUGUCAACAACACCCGCAAGAAUGCAAGUUAAGCGACGAGAAUAAAUCGUGUGUUCACAGUUACGAAGAUCGUGUGCUGGAGAGCUACCACCGACACCAGUUAGCCUACGACACCAAUUUUCUUGAAGGUUCCAGCGGCUCCCCGGUACUUAGCGUCGAUGGCUAUAUUGUGGCUAUGCAUACCCGAGGAUACCCAUUUUCCCGGGGUUUCGAAAGAGUUAGCCUAAUGGAGUUUGGGACAACAUUCGCUUCUAUAUACCAAGAUGUGAAAGACCGGUACAGCUCGUGGUUAGCAAAUCUUCUGUUUCCUAACAUAAAUUCGUGAAAGUAAACACUGAAUGUUACAAUGGUGCGAGUGCGGAAUGCGAUUGGUGAUUUGUUGGAAUGUUUUUAGGUCGAGACUUGUAUAAUUUGAUGUACAGUACAGCACAAGGAGACGUACGGAACGUGGCGGUGACAGUAGAGCGCCUGUGGUAUCAUGGCAUUUGAUACCAAGUUUUAAAUUAUUGAAUUAAUUAACUAGAAAUCCUAAAUAAUAUAUGCAAAGCAUUAAAUACAGGUAACAUGAUGUAAAGUCAGGAUGUUUGAUACUGAUAGGUAUAACCGCUGAACAGAACAUAUUCUGCUCCAAAAUUCAAUUCAAAUCUGGUGUUCAUGAUUGAUAGUGUAAACUUCUCUAUUCUAUUUAUAGAUAGAUAUUUAUUUUUCCAUUAUACAGUUACAGUUUUGAUAAAGUAUAAUUCAAUUUAAUAAAGAC